CCACAUCCCACCUUGGUCGCACUUUCGGCCAGCUGCACCCUCCCUCCUCACCCUCCCUCGCGCGCGCGCACACACACACACACACACACACAAAUACCGUCCUUCUAACGUCGGUCGAGGACCUCAGAGCGGCCUGCUGCAGUCAAAAUGCGACCAUGUCUCGCAAUCCCCAGAAACAUAUCGACGCCGGCAUCAAGCAGCUGGUAGGGCACAUCAUACCAAAGGCCAACCGGCUCGAGGAUCGCGAGUUCGUGCAGGACACAGUCGAUGAGCACAUAGAACUAGCCCAUCAGAUCUUGGACAACAACCGAUCCGCUUCCAUUACCGCCGAUGCGAACCAAGCCAGCGACCUGAUCAAGAAGAAACUCGUGCGCACCGACCCGAGCGCUGCACUUCGCUUCACACACCUGUAUACCCGCCUCUUGACCCUUCCGGUUCUACAGCAAAAAUGGGGAAUACUCUACCUGCUCUAUCAGCUCUCCGACUCGCCUGACCCUGAUGAGGCUUUGCCCCUCGAUACCCUGCGUCAGGUCGCCGAGAACAGGAGGAUCGAGGCCUUGCGCCGCAGCGAGGCCCAGGCAUCCCAAAAGUCCUCAAGAUCUGCUUCCAGAACAGAUGACGACCAGUUCAAGGAAGCCUUCCAACCGGAGGGUCUGAGGAAAUUCCCUCCAGAGGAGGCAAGGAAGGGGCCAGAAUCCGCUGCGCACGAACAGGAGAAGGACAAGGAACCGAGCCGCGGUAGAGACGUGUCACUCAAGUCCAGGCUACUUGCAGACAAUCAUGUUGAGCUCGAGCCGCCCGAGACGGUUUUGCUGAGGGACCUGCCCUUCACUCUGCAGGGCUUGUCUUCUACGACACUGCCUUUCUCCAAGGAGACCGCGCUGAAGCUGCCGCCCACACUGCCACCACCUCUGAUAUCGUUGCUGCAUAGUCUGGCCGAACCAUCAUUGCUCUACAAAGGACUCGUGGAAUGGGUCAAAUCUCCAGCUGGCGGGCUGCUGGGACAGAGCUUACGCGCUGCCAUCAAUGGCGAGCUCAGAUCAUACUUGAACCUGGUCGCCACACUAGAAGCUCAAAUACGUCGAGCCCUGUCUUCCUUGGACGAGGAUGCGCCCAGGAGUGGGAUAGGCAGUGCGGGAGUAACACUCAAACGCUGUGUGGUAUGGACCAGAGAGGCAACCAUGGGCCUGCGGCUCUUGAGUCUGAUCGCCGAGGAAUCAAAGAGCAAAAAAGGUGGGCAGCUCAUCUCACUCAUCCACGGCUUCUCGACCUCACACGGAGACCCCAUUGUUGCUGCCUUCGCUGAGCGGCUACUCGGGUCUGUGACACGCCCAUUUUACGACAUCCUUCGACACUGGAUCUAUGAUGGAGAGCUACAAGACCCCUUCCAGGAAUUCUUUGUCAAAGAGCAGGACCCAAAUGACGAAGAUCGCCUGGACCUCAAAUCUCGUGGCCAAAGUAGUGUAUGGAACGACAAGUACGAGGUUUCCAAGGGCAUGAUACCAAGCAUCAUAACCGAUGACUUUGCCCAGAAGGUCUUUCUGAUAGGCAAGUCGCUCAAUUUCAUCCGCCACAGCUGUGGCGAUGCACAAUGGGUGGACGACUACUCGAAAUCGUCCUCCAAGGAGCUUCGAUACGGCGACACUGCCACACUCGAGGCUUGGAUCGACGAAGCGUACAAGACGACCAUGAAGCGUCUGAUGGAUCUCAUGACUACCAAGUUUCACCUGUUCGACCAUCUAAGGGCGCUCAAGAGCUACCUCCUUCUGGGACAAGGCGACUUCAUUGCCUUGCUGAUGGAGUCCCUGGCAGCGAAUCUCGACCGACCAGCAGGGGCACAGUACCGCCACACCCUCACGGCGCAGCUCGAACACGCAAUACGCGGCUCCAACGCGCAGUACGACUCCUCCGAGGUGCUUCGCCGUCUCGAUGCGCGCAUGCUCCAGUUGUCACAUGGGGACAUAGGCUGGGAUUGCUUCACGCUGGAGUACAAAGUCGACUCGCCUAUUGAUGUGGUCAUUACCGAUUUCGGUAACCGACAGUAUCUCAAAGUAUUCAAUUUCCUCUGGAAGAUCAAACGCGUUGAGUUCGCGCUCUCGUCCACAUGGCGGAAGUGCAUGACUGGAGCUCGUGGUGUGCUCCAAACCUCUGACGCGGCUGUCCUCGAGACAUGGAAAUCCACCCGAGGCGUGCUCGCCGAGAUGAUCCAUUUUGUUGGCCAACUGCAAUACUACAUACUAUUUGAAGUUAUCGAGUCAAGCUGGGAUGAACUGCAAAAGGGCAUCACGAAGGAUGACUGCACGCUUGACGAUCUGAUCAAGGCGCACAACAAGUUCCUCAGCAACAUCACGCACAAGGGCUUAUUGGGCGCAAAGAGGAAGCAGUAUGUGCUGCCCGGCAUGGCAGAAGUCGAAGACAGGAGUGACUACAUGACCCAGCUCAAAGCCAUUCUCGACAACAUGCUAUCCUACCGCGACUCUGUGGAUGGCCUAUACUCGUGGUCCGUCUCCGAGUUUACCAGACGGCAGGAGGCGGACGUGCGCACAGCCGCCACGUCGCGGAAACCACCCUUCCCGCAGUCAAAACAACACAUGAAAUCCGCAUCCGUCGCGACGAGCACCAGGGGCUCGUACCCAAGCACCCCCGUGGUCGACACCCCGAUUGAGGACCCCUUCGCGUCCUUUGGCAGUGCCACCACCGCCCUCGUCUCCGAGCUCCCCACCCUGCAGGAGCGCCUGGGCAACCUCGCGGCCAGCUUCCAGCGCAGGCUGUGCCUCCUCCUCGGGGACCUGGCGUACCAGCCCGACGUGGACAUGCGCUUCCUGGGCGUCGCUAUGAACUUCAACGACGCGUACCAGCCCCUGCGGACCAAGAGGUCCAAGACCGCGUCCUCGGCUGCGGGAUCGCAGACGCUCAAGAGUGAGAAUGUCACGAAGACGUUGUAAAUAUGGCUAGAAGACCCUGAAUAUGGCCCAUGUUGAGGGCUCGUGGGGCUGGUUUGAUGCCGAUUUUGCUCAGUAGAGUCUCGGGUGUUUGGUGUAUCUACGUCUUUAGGUAUGAUGGCCACGGCCUUGGGAAGGCAUAGCGGCGGUUUGUAAGAUGUAGCGCGCGGGAAAUGAUACCAUCGUGUGAAACGCCACAUGAGCACUGAUCAAAAGAUUCAUCCUUAGACAGCGACCUUCGCACAUCCCGACACGAUUCUCUGUCAUAUCUUCCGUUAGCGAUAGUAUGUUGCUGUGGCGGACCGCAAGAGAAUUCCACCACACCGAUGCAACAAUUAUACGUGCACCAUCCGAUGAAGAUACUUAGUAUAAUCAAGCCCCUAUCUAAGUACAUGCAAUUUCUAGGUUCCACGUCUUCCGUCGAGCCUCAAGUACAGGUUCAACAGGCUCCGCCUAUCAAGGAUUGACGCCAUGGCGAGCCACAAUGGCACGGCGACCAGGAUGCGGGCAAGAGGCUUCCGAUCACCGGCAUCCCAUCCUCGGCAUCCAUUGCCCCAAUUGAAAGGCAAGGCCACCAACUUCCGACCAUCGCG